CUGUUGCUGAGCUGUUGAUAAACUGACAGCAUUCUUUGUAAAUGUCACUCGAUUCUACGCACGUCAACAAUACAUGCACCGGUUGACUUUAUUUAAUAAAUAACUUCUCAACGAGAAUGACAAAAACCGUGCUGGUAACAGGAGGAUCUGGACUCGUUGGAAAAGCGAUUGAAACAGUCGUCAACGAAGAGAAACCUACCGAUGAAAAGUGGAUUUUUGUUGGUUCGAAGGAUGCGGAUCUCACCGAUCUACAGUCUACGCGCGCAAUGUUCGAGCGCCACAAGCCAACGCACGUGAUUCACCUGGCUGCUAUGGUAGGCGGUUUGUUCCACAAUAUGAACAACAACUUGGACUUCCUGCGGAAGAAUAUUCAAAUUAACGACAACGUUUUGCUGCUGAGCCACGAGUUUAAGGUGCAGAAGGUAGUGUCCUGUCUGUCAACGUGUAUCUUCCCCGACAAGACUAGCUAUCCUAUCGAUGAGACAAUGAUCCACAAUGGACCACCGCACGAUUCGAACUUCGGCUACAGUUAUGCCAAGCGGUUGAUCGACAUCACCAACCGGGCCUACCAUGAGAAUCAUGGCGAUAUGUUUACCUCAGUUGUUCCCUGCAAUGUGUUCGGACCGUACGAUAAUUAUACACCUGGUGUGAGUCACGUAAUUCCGGGAAUGAUACACCGAUUACAUGAGAUUAUGUACUUGAAGGAUCCAGAGAAACCUCAGGAGGAAAAAGUAUUUCCCAUUUACGGAACCGGCAAACCACUUAGGCAAUUUAUCUAUUCCAUCGACUUAGCAAAACUUUUCAUUUGGGUCUUACGGAAUUAUGAAAGUGUCGAACCCAUCAUCCUUUCGGUUGAUGAAGAGUCCGAAGUGUCGAUAGCUCAGCUGGCUGAGUCGUUGGUAAAAGCGUUCGGUUUCAAGGGCAAACUAGAAUUUGACUCCAGCAAGGCGGAUGGGCAGUACAAAAAGACGGCGUCGAAUGCCAAACUACGGACACUGCUGCCAGAGUUCAAGUUUACUGAUUUUAAUAACGCUGUGAAAGAAUCGGUUGAGUGGUAUGUUAAAAAUUAUGAGCAAGCACGAAAGUGAAUAGAGCAUUUAUUUAUUUUUGCUAAAGGUUAUUUAUGAUCAAUAAAACGAACUUCCCAAAAUAUGUAUUUUAUUUCUGAUA